AUGCGCUCGGGCAGCAACAUCAAUUCCCAUGGGGAUUGCGGUCCUACCGGAAAUCCGAACUCAACGAGUGCCUCCCAGACCGGGGAAAAUGUCCAGUUGAAUUUCGUGCAGCAUGACCUCGCAUUGAAACGUCGCACUAUGGCCGAGUUGGAACGGGCCAAUUUGCGACGUGCUGUCGUGGAAGAACGCCGCCGAUUUGCCGAACUAAUCACCUGCCUCAAACCUGUUCUCGAAUCACAGACAGCCAUAUUCAAUGAUGUCGGACCGAUUGACGAAUGCAUUGCAGCGAUUUCAAAACAAGUGUACGACCCGAAUGAGCUAUCCAGUGACACGGAACAAGCGGUCGAAGAAGCCGUCAAUCAAAUGUCUGCCUCCCGGGAACGAAAAUUAUCGGAUGUCCGAUCCGUCAUGCGAUUCGGCAAGGCGGGAACGCUAAGCAGUUUUGAUGCCAUGAGCUUGCGUCGAACUCCGGGCUACUGCUCGCAACUGAGUUUGCAAUCGUCUGUCUCCGCAUCGAAUAGCACGUGGACUAGCAACAACUCAUCCGCCGGAACGGCACCCCGACCGAGUCAACAACGUUGUCCCUCACCUAUCAAUGUUUGUCCGGGGUCAGAUGGGACAGAGUCAAAAAUGUAUCCCCAGUCGGUAAGUGUUAUCGGUCGAUUUGUUUCAUUAUUACUGUCAUUUUAUUCCUUAUUAGCAAAACGCUCAUACGUGUGUGGUUAA